CGGAGUGUGGACGUUGGUGGGAGAGCUGCCGCGUGACGUCAGACGCAUGGUGUCGGGACAAGAUGGCGCUGACGAGCUUUUUACCAGCACCAACUCAGCUGUCCCAGGACCAGCUGGAGUCUGAAGAGAAAUCUCAUUCUCGAGUGAGACAGACCGCUUUAGUGGCUUCACGGCGAGAGCCUCCACCAUAUGGAUACAGAAAGGGUUGGAUUCCUCGAACCGUUGAGGAUUUUGGCGAUGGAGGGGCGUUCCCGGAGAUCCCCGUGGCACAGUAUCCAUUGGAUAUCGGUCGCAAGAAGAAAUCCUCCAACUCCCUGGCGGUUCAGGUGGACGCAGAAGGAAAGAUUAAAUUUGAUGCCAUCGCGAGGCAAGGCCAAGCCAAAGACAAGGUGAUCUACAGCAAGUACACAGAUUUAAUUCCUAAAGAAAUUAUCAACGAAGAUGAUCCAGGGCUGCAGCGACCUGAUGAGGAAAGCAUCAAGGAGUUGACAGAAAAGACGCGAUCGGCACUCGAGAAACAAGUAUCGCAGAAGGUGGCGGCCGCCAUGCCCGUCCGGGCAGCUGAGAAACUGGCCCCCGCCCAGUACAUCAGGUACACGCCAUCUCAGCAAGGUGUCGCUUUCAACUCGGGAGCCAAACAGAGGGUCAUCAGGAUGGUGGAAAUGCAGAAGGACCCCAUGGAACCGCCUCGCUUUAAAAUCAACAAGAAGAUCCCUCGGGGCCCCCCCUCACCUCCAGCCCCCGUCAUGCACUCGCCCAGCAGAAAGAUGACAGUAAAGGAACAGCAAGAAUGGAAAAUUCCCCCGUGCAUAUCCAACUGGAAAAACGCAAAGGGUUACACCAUUCCCCUGGACAAGCGUCUGGCUGCUGAUGGCAGAGGGCUUCAGACUGUCCACAUCAAUGAGAACUUCGCCAAACUGGCAGAGGCGCUCUACAUCGCAGACAGAAAGGCCCGUGAAGCUGUGGAGAUGCGAGCGCAAGUGGAAAGGAAAAUGGCUCAGAAAGAGAAAGAGAAGAAGGAGGAAAAACUCCGAGAGCUGGCUCAGAUUGCGAGGGAGAAGAGAGCCGGCAUCAAGGUUCACGAGAAAGAGGAAAAUGAAAGGGAGCGAGAUGAAAUUCGUCACGAGAGAAGAAAAGACCGACAGCACGAUCGUAAUGUUGCGAGGGCAGCACCUGAUAAGAGGUCCAAACUGCAGAAGGACCAGGAUCGAGAUAUCAGUGAGCUGAUUGCCUUGGGGGUGCCAAAUCAACGGGUGUCAACCGAAAUCCAGUACGACCAAAGACUCUUCAACCAGAACAAGGGGUUAAGCAGCGGCUUUGCAGGAGGCGAGGAUGAGCUUUACAAUGUGUACGACCAGCCCUGGAGAGGAGGCAAGGACAUGGCCCAAAAUCUUUACCGGCCAAGCAAGAAUACAGACAAAGACAUUUACGGUGACGAUUUAGACACGCUGAUGAAAAAUAACAGGUUUGUUCCGGACAAAGAGUUCUCUGGCACAGACCGCAGCCGGCAACGUCGUGAAGGCCCGGUCCAGUUUGAGAGGGACGAAGAGGAUCCCUUUGGUCUGGACAAGUUCUUGGAAGAAGCUAAGCAGCACGGCGGGUCCAAGAGGCCGGAAAGCGGGCGUUCAAAAGAGUACGAGCACGAGGGCAAGAAACGGAGAAAGGAAUAGCCAGGACUGUGUAUGUGCCACACUUUGUGAUAUAGGAAAGUCUAGUUUAAACCCUUCUGGGUCUUUGUCUGCGUGGAAACGUCAGCCAGCGUAGCAGAAAGUAUCUCAAAGCUGCCUGGGUUUCCUUUCAACUAGCAAUGGGGU